UAUUUCCAUACUUUCAACCGUCAUCCAUUUAUUUCCGGUGUACAUCUCUACUCCGACUACCGAGAAUCGCCUUUGUCUUACAGUGACUUAUCUCGUUUCUUUACUGUAGCGAUAUCUUCCGCGUCCAACAUGGACCGCAGCUUGGAUGAGAUCAUUGCGGAGCGUCCUCAGAAGCAGAAUCAAGGGCAGAAUCGUGGCCGCCGUCCUCCUCAGGCUCAAGGUCGUCGCCGUGAUGGCGUAAGAAAGUCUUAUAGAGAAGAACGUCCCGACUUAGAUUUGGAUUGGGUACAUGACAAAUAUGAAGACGACAGAGAUACACGCCCAUCUCGUGCCCCUCGACGACCACGCGGUGAUCGUUAUUCUCCUUCGCCGGACCGCGCCCCUACAGGAGGUAAGCUUCGUGUUGAGAAUCUUCACUACGAUAUCACGGAGAGUGAUCUCGAGGAUUUGUUCACUCGGAUUGGCCCCGUUAGCAACAUGUCUCUCGUCUAUGACCGGGCAGGGCGCUCCGAGGGUCUUGCCUUUGUUACCUACACACGUGUCAGCGAUGCGAGAACAGCUAUAAGCGAGUUUGACGGUGCGAAUGCUAAAGGACAGCCCAUUCGCGUGACUCUUGUUUCCACAGGCGGUGGUCGGCGAGACCGGAAUCCAUUUGAUAAUGUUGAAAGACCAAAGGGUAGUUUGUUCGACCGUGUGGAGCGUCCGCGCGAUCGUAACACUCGCAGUUUGAGUCCCGGAAGUGGGAAUGAAAGCGCUGAUGAUGGUGCACGGCGCCGCCGUGGUCGUCGGGGUGGUAGCGGACGCUACCGACGUAGCGAUGUCUCGAAGCCGGCUCCCGAGCAUAUUGAUCGGUAUGUUCCAGGACAACGAUCGCCGGCACGCCGACCCGCCAACGGAGGAAGACGACAGGGGGGUGAGAACCGUCGCGCCCCCAAUGCAAGGCCCAAGAAGACCCAGGAGGAGUUGGACCAAGAGAUGGACGAUUACUGGGGUACCGCAAAUCCCGGUGCUGGCACUGUUGACAAAGAAACCGUUCCGGAUGAGCCACAGCAGAUCGCACCUGCGACUACAGCUACUGCUGGCGACGACGAUGUUGACAUGAUUGAGUGAAGCCGCCAGUUAUCCGCACUUGUAUGUAACUAGAUGAUACUUGGGUCUAGAAAGGUUCAUGCCAAAUUGGAAGGAUAUUUGUUGAUCGUUAUUGUGACAUUAACGCAAAAAUUCGACUCUCGUUCGGUCAUGAUAGUGCGUACUCACUGACUACUCAAUUCAGCUCAUAUACAGAUAUAUAAGAGACAAAACCCUUGUCUAAUCUGUCUCUCUGUUUCAUUACAAAUACUACCGAUGAGAAACUUUCACAAGCCAACACCUCCCACUAGGUACAAACCAGGU